AUGGCAGCAGCAACGGUUCAAACUGCCGUCAAUGGAUUUCAAAAAACUGGUCUCUGGCCUGUUGAUCCAUACAUAUUUCCAGAUUAUUUGUUUGAGCCUGCUGAGACGACAAACAUUCCCAUGCAACAAGAUCGGGUAGAGCCCGAAGAAGAUUCAAAGGCAGCAGAAAACCUAUGCAUACCCUCAGCAGGUCCAUCUCAGGUAGAAGCAGGGAGUUCGACAUCACUAAUAAUUGCAAGCACAUCAGCCACAGACAACCCACGUCCACUCUCAGUAGUCCAAUCUAGAGACACAGCUACUGCAAUACCUACGACACCCACAUCAUCUAAAUUGAUACUCCAAGAAAUAUCUCCAGUGCCAAAAGGAAUUUAUGUGGCUGUACAAGGUAAAAGAAAACCACGCAAGAAACCAACAGUAUUGGUGUUAAUUUCAACGCCAAAUAUAGAAGAGGCAAAAGCAAAAUCAGCUCCUCCACCUUUUGCAAAGAAAAACACGAGAAAAGUUACAAAAGCUCUGGAUUUUAGUUCCGACAGUGAAAAUGAUUUCUCUUCCUUACAAGCUCACACUGUAGCCGGAGAUGAUGAUGGAGAUUGUCCUUGCAUUUAUUGCAAUGACCUCUACUCCAGGUCCAAGCCAAAAGAGGUCUGGCUAAAGUGCUUGAGCUGUAAAAGAUGGGCUCAUGCAUCAUGUGCAGAUGUUCCGAAAAAUACAAAACGUUUUACGUGUGAACUCUGCAUGUAA